AUGUUUGACGAAUUCCUAAUGGAUCCCGAUGAAACGUUGACAUUACAAUCGAACAAUUUUAGUGAUUAUUUUCAGCUGUAUAAUUAUAGGAUAUUAGUUGCCAAAUCGAUCUCACAUCUUGAAGGCUCUUCACUGUCGCUUUUUAUUCUGUCCACUUAUGGUACAUAUCAAAGAGUUCUAACUGUCGCUGUAGAAGUGGCUAGAAAGGAUGCCCGUCGUUUCGUGUCCCAUGUCUAUCAUGCACACAUAUCAAGUGAUUAUAAGCCUGAAAGUGUGAUUAAGUUUGAUCAUGAAUUGGCACUGUACAAUGCGAGUGCUGCUGCUGAUGCUUCACCGAAUGGCAAGACACAGUUCCAUCAUGAACACUAUAACUCAUAUUACUACUACGCGUUGAUGUCGUCACCUCAAAACGCUACCGCAUUCACGCUGUUGAACCGUAAACAAAAAGGUGUCAAUAUAGCAGAGGUAAUUGAAUCGGAUCAAAUGAAUAAUGCUUGA